GAACUUUUCAAGAGGUUUUCCAGGAUUGGGAAAGGAAGAGAAAUGAGUAUGGAGAGCUGAGGGGCUAUUCCAGAGCUACAUAAAUAAUUUCCAGCAUUGAGUGGGAAAGUCCUAAGCCUCCUUUCAAGUGCUAUCACACUAGUGUUUUGUGGUGGGAGCUAGGUAGUGCUGGUUUUCGGCUCUUUGGAUUUUGACUGUUGAGGAGGCUAUUUGGAGAGGUGGGAGCACAUUUCAGUGUCUCUCUUUGAAGAAGCCCAGCAAGAUGUCAGACCUGCUUUCAGCCUUCCUGCACCUCCUCCUUCUCUUCAAGUUGGUUGCCCCAGUCACUUUUCGUCACCACCAUUAUGAUGACCUUGUGCGGACACUGUACAAGGUGCACAACCAGUGCCCCUACAUCACUCAGAUCUACAGCAUCGGUCGCAGUGUAAAGGGAAGACACCUCUAUGUGCUGGAAUUCAGUGACUACCCUGGAAUCCAUGAGCCCUUGGAACCGGAAGUCAAGUAUGUUGGGAACAUGCAUGGUGACGAGGUGCUGGGCCGGGAGCUGCUGCUGCAGCUGUCCGAGUUCUUGUGUGAAGAAUUCCAGAACCAGAACCAGCGCAUCAUGCGGCUCAUCCAGGAAACGCGCAUUCACAUCCUGCCCUCCAUGAACCCGGAUGGCUACGAGGCGGCGGCCACACAGUGCUGGGGAUGGAAACCAGGGCCUCAUGAAUACCAGGGCCCAAACAUGCCUGAGUAUCUCGUUGGCAGAAAUAAUGCCAAUAAAGUGGACCUGAACCGUAACUUCCCUGAUCUCAAUAUCUAUUUCUACUACAAUGAGAAGCAUGGAGGACCCAACCAUCACUUGCCCCUUCCGGAGAACUGGGAAAGUCAGGUGGAGCCCGAGACUAAGGCUGUGAUCCACUGGAUGCGCUCCUUCAACUUUGUUCUUUCAGCCAAUCUCCAUGGAGGGGCAGUGGUGGCCAAUUAUCCAUAUGAUAAGUCUCCUGGGCAUCGGUUCCGAAAUCCCUACCGCACUACCAAUUCCCCUACACCUGACGACAAGCUGUUCCGGAAGCUGGCCAAGGUCUACUCCUACGCACACGGGUGGAUGCACCAAGGUUGGAACUGUGGGGAUUACUUCCCAGAUGGCAUCACCAAUGGGGCUUCCUGGUAUUCUCUCAGCAAGGGAAUGCAAGACUUUAAUUAUCUCCAUACCAACUGCUUUGAGAUCACUCUGGAACUCAGUUGCAACAAGUUUCCCCGUCAAGAGGAAUUACAGCGGGAGUGGCUAGGUAAUCGGGAAGCCCUAAUCCAAUUCUUAGAACAGGUUCACCAGGGCAUCAAGGGAAUGGUGCUUGAUGAGAAUCAUCAUAAUCUCACAGGGGCUGUCAUUUCUGUCCAUGGGAUUAAUCAUGAUGUCACUGCGGGUGAACGAGGUGAUUACUUCCGGCUACUGCUCCCAGGUACCUACACUGUCACUGCCACAGCACCUGGGUUUGACCCACAGACAGAGAAUGUGAUCGUGCAUCCUGGGAGACCAACGCUGGUCAACUUCUACCUCAAGAGAAGCAUCGCUCCAGUAAACCCUCUGAGGAAGGCUCCAGGUGGAGGGCAGGGAGGCAGGAUGCAGGCGCAGCUUCGGAUAACCAAAAAGAAAGAUGGGGCCAGGAAGCAGCCACACAGAGGCCCUGGCUGAAGCCCACCAGGCCCUGGCCACGUUUAGGAAGUCUUUAUUUCUGCUCUCAAAUCCCAUGAGGCAUGCUCUCUAUUGUUUUUUAUCUGAGACAUAUUUAAAUAUAAACAUAUUGAGAACAGUUCAAAA